AGUCCAUCAGAGAAACAAUGUCUGUUGUUAAUAAUCUUUCUCUGGAACAGAGAGCCAAAAAGCAGAGGAUCGAACCGGUCACCAACGAGUCUUCUUCUUCUAGUAGAUGUGGUCACUGGUUCCUUCGUUACGGAGAAUGCACCACCUGCAAAUCAACUGUUCACAAAGACCAAGGCGGAGUGUUCGAUUAUCUUUCCGACGGUUUACAGCUAAGCCACGAGGCUGUAGCUGCAACGAAGCAGAGAAGCAGAGAACUUCACUUAGUACUUGACUUGGACCACACGCUUCUCCACACCACUCCUCUUCUACGCCUCACCGAAGCAGAGAAGUAUCUGAUCAAAGAAGCGGCUUCUAUUACAAGGCACGAUCUGUGGGAGUGGACAACUGGAGGCGAUGAUCCCGUGGUAUCUUUGACGAAGCUACGGCCUUUUGUUUGCGGUUUCUUGGAAGAAGCCAACAAGAUGUUCACAAUGUCUGUUUACACAAAGGGUAUUCGCGAUUACACUAUGCUAAUCUUGGACGUGAUUGAUCCGAAGAAAAUCUAUUUCGGGGACAGGGUGAUAACAAGGGACGAGAGUCCUGAUGUGAAGACGCUUGAUUUGGCUUUGGCUCAUGAACGUGGAACGUUGAUUGUGGAUGAUACACGUGAUGUAUGGCCCGAUUACCAGAGUAACUUGAUUGUAAUUAGCAAAUACAACUAUUUCAGGAGAAUGAGCAACAGCCAACACUCAAAACCAUACUCUGAGGAGAAGACUGACGAGAGCGAGAAGGAGGGUGGGUUGGCCAAUGUUUUGAAGCUACUCAAAGAAGUUCACAGUGCAUUCUUCAGAGUGACAGAAGAAAAGGAAUGGAGUCAAAGGAUGUGA